AUGCAGACAGGCACCAACCACUGGUUAUUCUAUAUUAUUAUCCAAUCAAAAUGGGGCUCCCGCGAAGAAUGCGGGCGGGAGGCUCGAAUCGUGCUCCCGAAGCAGAAACCCGUCGUCGACUUUUUCGCAAUUUACAAUUUGCGCGAGAAGGCCACCGCCAUCACGGAGUGUACCAUGACCCUCGUCACGGUUAUUCGCACAGAUAUUUUCCAAUUGCCUACAUAUGACGAGCUGUUCAAUGUGCUUCGGGAAAAGUUCUGCGGAUUCGUCAGAGGUAUCGCUGUGACUGAGGGCAUCACAACCAAGAAUUUCGAUGGAAUUGCGCGAGCCUGA